ACAUUCAGAGUGAAGGGGUACUCAGCUCAGGCAGGCUGGGGGGUGGGGCAUUGCAGGGGGCUUUAGGGAGAGCACAAAGCAGCUGGUGAGCUUAGAUGAGGAUGCAGCAUCUGAGAACCAAGCAGAAACGGUAGAGAGAGUGCAGAUAAAACAUGAGUCCCAGAGGGCCCUAGCCAGCUGCUUCCCAGGCAAUCAGGAGCCCAGGACUGAAGACCCCACCCCUGUGGUGACAUCAUAGGGGAAUGGGGUGGAGAUGAAUAAAAAGGGUGUCCCCCACCCUGGCCCUGGACUCUUGGCAGUCAGAGUGUCAAGAGCUGAGAGAGAGCCUGGGCAUUGGGCUAGGGUUGCCUGGCUUACAGGAACAGGUUCUUCCUCCAGCCCCUCUAAGCUGUCCCUUCCAGGCCUUGAUCGCCGUCUCCCUGUCCUGAGAACCUCGCUGUCCUGAGGCUGCCAUCAAGCCCCUUCAGAGUGGCCCCAAGCACUCUCAGCAUGAACUGCAUAUCAGACUUCUUUACCUACGAGACCACCAAGUCAGUGGUCGUGAAGAGCUGGACCAUUGGGAUUAUCAACAGGGCAGUUCAGCUUCUGAUCAUCUCCUACUUUGUGGGAUGGGUUUUCUUGCACGAGAAGGCAUACCAAGUGCGGGACACAGCCAUUGAGUCCUCGGUGGUAACCAAGGUGAAGGGUUUCGGACGCUAUGCCAACAGAGUCAUGGACGUGUCUGAUUAUGUGACCCCACCCCAGGGCACCUCCGUCUUUGUCAUCAUCACCAAGAUGAUCGUUACUGAAAACCAGAUGCAAGGAUUCUGCCCAGAGAACGAGGAGAAGUACCGCUGUGUGUCUGACAGCCAGUGUGGACCUGAGCGUUUCCCGGGUGGGGGGAUCCUCACUGGCCGCUGCGUAAACUACAGCUCUGAGCUCCGGACCUGUGAGAUCCAGGGCUGGUGCCCCACAGAGGUGGACACCGUGGAAAUGCCUAUCAUGAUGGAAGCGGAGAACUUCACCAUUUUCAUCAAGAACAGCAUCCGUUUCCCCCUCUUCAACUUUGAGAAGGGGAACCUCCUGCCCAACCUGACAGCCAGGGACAUGAAGACCUGCCGUUUCCAUCCUGAAAAGGCUCCUUUCUGCCCCAUCUUGCGGGUGGGGGAUGUGGUCAAGUUUGCAGGGCAGGAUUUUGCCAAGCUGGCCCGCACGGGUGGAGUUCUGGGCAUAAAGAUUGGCUGGGUGUGCGAUUUGGACAAGAGCUGGGACCAGUGCAUCCCCAAAUACUCCUUCACUCGGCUGGACAGCGUUUCUGAGAAAAGCAGCAUCUCCCCGGGGUACAACUUCAGGUUUGCCAAGUACUACAAGAUGGAGAAUGGCAGCGAGUACCGCACGCUCCUGAAGGCUUUCGGCAUCCGCUUCGACGUGCUGGUGUAUGGGAACGCCGGCAAGUUCAACAUCAUCCCCACCAUCAUCAGCUCCGUGGCGGCCUUUACUUCAGUGGGAGUGGGGACAGUCCUCUGUGACAUCAUCCUGCUCAAUUUCCUCAAGGGGGCCGACCAAUACAAAGCCAAGAAAUUUGAAGAGGUGAACGAGGCAACACUGAAGAUCGCCAACCCAGAGUUCUCCAGGGACCAGGCCACAGAGGAGAAGCAGUCCACGGACUCAGGGGCUUACUCCAUUGGCCAUUGAUGCCCCACACUCACCCUUGGGCUCCAGGCCUCCCCAACAGGGAGCCCCACUGGCAAGGGGG